AUUACCUCUAUCGCAACAAACCAUCAGGGGAAAAAAGGCGCCCCCACCGCACUGUCCUCAAUAUCCCGCGUCAGCCUUUGGGCUUGCAGCUUGCAAGCGAUGCUCCUUGUUUUCUAAGCUACCACGCGUGGAUUGGGCUACUCCAAACCCCUCGUUGGUACGGAGUACACCGCCCCUCACCAAGUCCCUUGUCUCUCGUCUUAAAUACCUCUCGAGUCCCCAUACGAUGUCAUCUGGAUAAAAUUCAAUCUAAACCCUUCUUUCUUUCUUCUUAUACUAUCUCUACAUUGGCUUUCGGUGCCUCCCUGCUUCUACCCCUAUGGCGGCUACUGAAAAUGGGUUAACACUUACCAAUGAAAUCUCCAUGGAGCUUCCUACACUCCCGCCCAGUCAAGGCUUGGAAGCCUUCAAAGACGUUGCCUUUGGAUCUGUCGCGGGAAUGGUAGGAAAAAUCAUUGAAUACCCUUUUGACACCGUGAAAGUACGGCUUCAGUCUCAGCCGGAUCAUCUGCCCCUCCGGUAUAAUGGGCCACUGGACUGCUUCCGCCAGUCUUUCCAGGCCGAGGGCCUACGGGGCCUGUACCGCGGCAUCAGCGCCCCAAUGGCAGGCGCCGCGGUGGAGAACAGCUGCUUGUUCUUCAGCUACCGUUUAAUUCGGGACAUUCUCAAGUCCACCUACUACACCUCUAACGAGCCCUUGCCUUUCUCUGUCUUGAUAUUAAGUGGCGCUGCCUCUGGAUCCAUCACGUCCUUAGCUUUGACUCCUAUCGAGCUUAUUAAGUGCCGGAUGCAAGUUCACUCCGAGGUUUCUAAUGUCCGGGCACCGGGACCUUUGAAGCUUAUUGUCACGGUAUUCCGUCAAGAUGGCAUUUUAGGUUUCUGGCGGGGCCAGAUGGGAACACUAAUCCGUGAAACUGGCGGAGGAGCCGCCUGGUUUGGAGGAUACGAAGGGGUGUCAGCACUUUUCCGAGCAUACCAGCCCAUAGCUUCGCCAGCUACUUCACCAGAGAACGAGCCCACACCGCUUGCUCUUCAUCAGCAAAUGCUUGCAGGAGCAGCGGCUGGUAUCAGCUAUAAUUUCCUAUUCUAUCCCGCUGACACAAUCAAAUCACGGUUGCAGACAGAAGAUACCACGCACGUAUCACGCAAUGGCAAGCAGCAGACCUUCUGGAGUGUUGGCAGAAAUCUGUGGCGACAACAAGGCAUCAGGGGCUUGUAUCGAGGCUGCGGCAUCACCUGUGCCCGUUCUGCACCCAGCUCUGCUUUCAUCUUCACAGUUUAUGAGGGGUUACGAAGUUACUUUUGAUAAUCCAUCCAAUUCUAUGUUUUAAGAGGUUUCCUUUUUUUUUUUUUUUUUUU